AUGUGGGUAUCAAUAGAUGAUGGGUGGUGCCAUGGGUGUUGGGAGCAGGAGAGGCUUGCGCUCUUACAACUCAAACCUAUAUUCAAUCAACUAAACUGGUUGGAGGGUGAGGAGACUUCAGACUGUUGUAAGUGGGAAAGGGUUGAGUGUAGUCCUGCCACAGGGCGAGUGAUUACACUCUCCCUUUAUGGAGGUAGAGGAUUAGGAUUGGACUUACCGGUGUUGUAUAUCAAUGCCUCUCUGUUUCUCCCGUUUGAAGAAUUGGAAAAACUAUACUUAUGGUCCAAUAACAUAGUUGGUUGCAUUGAGAAUGAAGGUCCUGAAAUGCGAUUUCAAAUAUUGUCAUCAAGGUUGAGAAAUCUGGAGUUGCUUGGCUUGAGCAAUAACGAGUUCAAUAAUAGCAUACUAUCAUCUCUUCAUGGUCUUUCUUCCUUAAGAUUUUUAUAUCUGGAAAACAAUCAAUUGAAGGGAACAAUUCAUAGCCAUGAAUUGGACGGUCUGAACAACUUGGAGGAGUUAGAUAUGAGCGGGAAUAAGAUUGAAGGCUUUAGAUCUCUUCAAGGCAAACCAAUUUUGGACAAGUUGAAAGUUCUUAAUCUGGAUUACAAUCAAUUGAAGGGAACAAUUCAUAGCCAUGAAUUCGACGGUCUGAACAACUUGGAGGAGUUACAUAUGUGGGGGAAUAAGAUUGAAGGCUUUAGAUCUCUUCAAGGCAAAAGAAGUUUGAACAAGUUGAAAGUUCUUGAUCUGAGUUACAAUGAAUUGAAGGGAACAAUUGAUAGCCUUGAAUUCGACGGUUUGAACAACUUGGAGGAGUUAUAUAUGAGCGGGAAUAAGAUUGAAGGCUUUAGAUCUCUUCAAGGAAGCCAACAGAUCAAUACAAGCAUUCAGAUGCAAUCAUUAGGGUCAAUCCCAAACCUCAGGACACUAGAUCUUUCAUAUAACUACUUCAAUGGAACAACAACUACUCAAGAGUUGGGCAAUUUGAGCGCGCUGGAAGAAUUGUGGCUGGAUGGUUCUACUCUACGCACAGACUUUCUCCAAAGCAUUGGAUCAUUGACUUCUCUCAACGUUUUAAGUUUGGAAAGUUGUGGACUCAAGGGAAUCCUGCCGAAUGAAGGCUGGUGCGAAUUGAAGAACUUGCAAGGCCUUGAUCUCUAUUCAAAUGAACUUGAAGGGACACUCCCACCAUGUUUAGGAAACUUGUCAUCUCUUCGAUAUAUGGAUAUCUCUUCCAAUCAAUUCAAUGGAAAUCUUGCCUCCACUCCCAUACCCAAUCUCAUUUCUCUUGAAUUCCUCAAUCUUAGACGUAAUCACAUUGAAGUCCCGAUGUCAUUAAAGCCAUUGGCAAAUCUCUCAAAUCUUACGGAUUUCUCUGCUGAUAACAUUGUUCUAGAUCUUGAUAGCCAAUUCUGGACUCCAAGAUUUCAACUAAAGACAUUGAUCUUUGGUAGCUCUCUAUUCAAUAAAUCAAAACCACAUCUUCCCAAUUUCCUCUAUUAUCAAAAUGAUUUGGAGGGGAUUUAUCUAUCCGGUUGUGAGUUUGGAGGUGUGUUCCCAAAUUGA